AUGUCCCCUCCCCGCCGUGCCCUCAUCGCUGUCACCUCGGCCCACGCCACCCUCAACGUCUUCGACAGCAAGGAGACCACGGGCCUUUUCAUCUCCGAGGCCCUGCACCCCUACCGCGUCCUCACCGCCGCCGGCUUCGAGGUCGACUUCGCCUCCGAGCUGGGGACCUACACCCCGGACUGGCUCUCGCAGCAGCCCGACUUCCUGCACGGCGAGGACCUCGCCAUCUGGCAGGACACGGGCAGCGAGUUCCGCAGGAAGCUGGACGGCAUGCCCAAGGCCGCCGACGUCGCCGACGGGGCCAAGUACGGGCUGUUCUACGCGUCGGCGGGCCACGCCGCGCUCAUCGACUACCCGACGGCCACCAACCUGCAGCGCAUCGCGGCGCAGGUUUGGGCCGCCGGCGGCGUCGUGGCGUCCGUCUGCCACGGGCCGGCGCUCUUUGCCAACGUGGUCGACCCAGCCACGGGUGAGCCGCUCAUCAAGGGGAAGCGGAUCACGGGCUUCACGACCGAAGCCGAGAUCACGAUGAAGGUGAUGGACGACCUGCGCGGGCUCCACCUCGAGAUGGUGGACGAGGUCGCUGCCCGGCUUGGGGCGAAGUAUGAGCGAGCACAGGGGAUCUGGGACGACUUCCAUAUCGUUGACGGGCGGCUGGUCUCGGGCCAGAACCCGCAGUCGGCGACUUCGACUGCAAAGGCUGCUGUGGAAGUCUUUGAAAAGCUCUAG